AUGGCGACGGAAAGAGAUCCGCUGCUGGUGAAUGAAAGCAAUGCGCAGCAACAUCGUCGUCUUGGCCCUCGAGACAUUUCAAGUUCGACACGCUACGGAAUUUUGGUUGGUCUGUGGUCUGCAAAUUUCCUUGCGUGUUUGAACUUUAGCCUGGUUGUGACUUUGCUAUCAUCCAUCUCGUCUGACUUCAACAAGUCAAAUGAAGCCAGCUGGCUUGGUACAUCAUACUUGCUUGCUACCUGCACUUUCACACCUUUGUACGGACGGUUAUGCAAUAUCAUGGGCAGACGGGGUGCAGGUCAAUUGGCUAUCUCUAUGACGGCACUGGGGACCCUUUUGUGCGGACUCUCCACGAACAUGGAGAUGUUGAUUGCGGCGCGAUUUCUAUCUGGUAUGGGAGGUGGUGGUAUUCAAACGACUUCCUCGAUCGCUACGAGUGAUAUGUAUUCCAUACGGUCGAGAGGGCUUGCGCAAGGUGUAGAAAGUCUGUUCAAUGGCCUUGGUAUGGGUCUGGGAGGACCUAUAGGAGGUCUCAUAUGCGAUCGGUUUGGUUGGAGAUGGGCGUUCUUGAUACAAGUGCCCUUUUUUGCAUUGUCGCUUGCCCUUACGACCUACAACUUGCGAUAUAUCACCCCUGGUGACAGCAAAAGCACCAAAGAGGUUCUCAAGAGAAUCGAUUACGGCGGUAGCUUUGCUCUUUUAGUCUCUGUCGGAUCAUGCUUGGUGUUCUUGAGUAUGAAAUAUAAUGAGGAUCUCCCGUGGUCGAACCAAUGGGUAUACGUGCCGCUCGCUCUCGCUGGCAUUUUCUUCAUAGUUUUUAUUUUGGUAGAGUUGUUAGUUGCCCCCGAACCUAUGAUGGCGCCAUCCCUCUUGAAACAGAAGGUUCCGGUUCUUUUGGGAGCUAGCAACGUCCUGGUGUCAUCAUGCAGCUUCUCCGUGUUGUAUUUCUUUCCGAUGUGGUUUCAGACAGUGGAUCUCGCAAGUGCAUCCACGGCGGGCUCGCAUAUGGUUCCAUUCAGUGCAUCCAUGCCCCUUGGGUCCUUGUUCGCCGGAUGGAUGAUUCACCGCACCGGAAAGUAUAAACUUAUCAACCUGAUCUUUGGUUUCUUCCCGUUCGUCGGUAUCACUCUCAUCACUUUGAUGCGGGAGGACUCUGGGCUACUGCAAAAGUGGCUGAGCACUAUCCCAGUCGGGUUUGGCAACUCCGUCGUUUUACAGACAAAUCUUGUUGCGCUGCUCGCACACCUCCCAGAGAGUUCGAUGGCUGUUGGCACUGGUUUCCUACAGCUUUUCCGAGGUUUGGGACAAGUAUUGGGCGUUGCAAUUUCAUCCGCGUUAUUCCAGUUCAAACUUGACCACGAGCUUCGGUCAAGGAUACACGGUGAUGGCGCAGCAGAGAUUGUGAGUAAGAUCAGGCAUUCUACCACCUUCGUAGGGACGUUGCCACCGGACUUGCAACGCGCAGCAAGAGACUCAUACGCCAUAAGUCUCCGCGCCGUGUUCGCACUUGCCACGUGUUGUGCGUUGUUGGCGUAUAUUAUCCGACUACCGAUCCCCGAGAAAAAGUUAGACCGUCGCCCGAGGGAGACUGAUAUGUCCACUAAUCCCGAAUCUCCUGCCAAUGGGCACGCCGUUGAAGUCCGACGAGGAAGACAAGGACACCUUGCGGUCUCAUUCACAACACGAGCGAAGGUCUUCUACACCUGAGUCUACAGAAGGCACACAAGACUUAGAAAGUGCCUCGAUUGGAACUUCAGUCAGAUAGCGCAUCAAUAUUGUUACAAAUAAUUUGGCAAAGGAUGACUAGAAAAUUUCUCGAAGGGAUGGUAGUUAGUACAAUCUAUUCGCAGUGAAACUAGUUUUCAGUGUAGUGGCGUAGUUGUUGUAUAAUCGGAUUCGACAUUGUUUGCACAUAUGUGGG